AUGCAUAAGAUUUGUAACCUCAAAAGAUUGAGUGAAACCUCAGAGGAGAAGAUCAACAAUGCAAAGUUUUGUCUUCCCUCGGAUCUUGUAGCUGUGAUAUUGUCCUGUCUUCCGUUGAAAGACAACAUACGCUCUUCUCUUGUUUGCAAGACAUGGUUUGAGAUUGGGAAAACUGUCAUUUAA